AUCCUUCCCCGUCUUAUAUUUCCCCAUAGUUAUGCUACAGGUGCGCCAUAUCUCUCCCAGCCUCUUGUGCCCACCACUCACAUCUUCUACUACCUUCUGUGCGCUAAGCAGAUUCUAGUCUCUCAGCCCUGUCAAAUUCAAGUUCGGUUCAGAGACUAAAAGAUUUUUAAAAAGCUUGAAACCCUUCUGUGGCACUGAAUCAACUGUACUACCCAUAGACCAUAGCGGUGAUGUGCCUCCAUGAGAUUGUAGGAGAUUACUACAGAGGUUGCGGUCAUUUCCACGGGCGCUAUUUCACUGGAGAAAUGUCGGACUGUAAUGCUUCAAGAUGUAAGACUAGUAAAUCACACAUGCACAAAACAGCACCCAACUGUGGAUGCCCCUCCGUUGUAACUGAAGACCGGCGUGUACAGAACCUCUAUCAAACGCCACAUCCUGAUUGUCAUCGUGUACGAUGACGACGCCACUAUCUAUGUGCUAGCUUUAUCGAACUUGUUGUAUCACUGCUCUAUUUGCAUACUUGCUUUUUAUUCUUACUAAUAUAUGUAUAUGCUGGAAUCUUUCUCUCAUCAGCUGGUAGAGCUGGUUAUCAAUGAAUUCGAUCGUUAGAGAUCAAUU